AUGGCCCAGAAACUGAUCCUCGUCCUGAGCGCCCUGGUGGCGGUGUCCUCCGCCGUGGUGGUUCCCGGUCCCGGCCUGGCCCUGCCCGGCUAUCCCGCGUACCCGGCGCUGGCGAAGGUGGCCACUCCUCUGGUGGCCAAGGUGGCCGGCCCCGAGCCCUACGACCCCAAUCCCCAGUACAGCUUCAGCUACGAUGUCCAUGAUGGAUCCACUGGUGAUGUGAAGAGCCAGCAGGAAAGCCGAAGCGGCGAUGUGGUGCAGGGCGCCUAUUCCCUGAUUGAAGCCGAUGGCACCCGCCGAAUUGUGGAGUACACCGCCGAUCCUGUGCACGGAUUCAACGCAGUGGUGCGCCGCGAGGGAGCCGUGGUGAAGGCGGUGGCUCCGGUGGCCAAGGUCCUGGCCCCGGCUCCGCUGCUCCAUGCCGCUCCUCUGGUGGCCAAGCUGCCCGCCUAUGGACCGGCUCUGGCCCCCGCCUACGGACCCGCUCUGGCCCAUGGAUACGGUCCGGCUUUGGCACCCGCCUACGGACAUGGCUACGGACCUGCUCUGCAAAAGCUGGCCCUGCCCGCUCUGCCCGCGCUGUCGCCUUUGGGCUACCACUAA